AUGCGCGGAUCGAAGGACCGCGUGGAGGUGUUCAAGCUGUCGGAGAACCUCUGGUUCGCUGGAACCGCGCAGCUUCCGCCGAUCGAAGACGCUGUUAGUAGUAACGGCCCGCUCCCUCCACCGGGUGGAGACUCCGCUUCCGCGGGAGGCGGCGGGAACAGCGGCGGAGAUAGCAGCGGAAACCACAGCACCACCGCCGGCGAUUCCCGCGCGUCAUAUGCGGCGGACGACCCGCGCGACAGGGAGGCGCGGAAGGAGGAGCUGCUUGGGCGGAUUCGCGGCGGCGGACUCGACGAGAAGACGCGCGAGGCCUUGGCGGAAGCAGCAAGCUCCGCGGCGGCCGCCGCUGCAUCUGCGCCCGCCGCUGCGCCUGCGAGCGCGCCGGCUCCCGCUGUGGAUCCGCUCGGGCAACAGAUGGAGGAGCGAUUGGCGGAGGUGGGGGAAUUCUCGGCGCGCAUGACGGAGCUGAAACAAGUGGUGAAGCGGAAACCGGCGGUUGGGUUUCCCGGUAUAAGCCAGUACAGCCUAGUGAACAGUGGUACACCGCCUAAAUACAACGAUACAGUGGUCCGUGUAACCCCUCCUGACGUCGCUCUGUGUGUGGGCAACGGAUACAUCCUUCACACUGUCAACAUUGCAAUGGCUGUGUACGACAAGCAAGGGAAGCAGCUCACUCGCAUCAUCACAACCAACGAGUUCUUUGGCAUGCUGCCAUGGGUGGUGGAGAAGAGGGACCCGUUCAAAGAAUCAGUAUUCGGAGACAACAUCGGUGACAUGACAUGCACGUAUGACCGCCAGUCCCGGCGCUUCUACCUCUCCACCUACUGGAGUUCAGGGGGUGGCAACAACACGUAUGACAAGUUUGGGCAGACGAGGAGGAGGGGCGACGUGACAGUUGGCGCAGGGAUGAUAGUGGCAGCGUCAACCACGGACGACCCCACACAGCCCUGGAACGUCUUCUUCAUUCCUGGCUCCAACGAUGGCAUCAACUCCAAUCCGGACUGGAGGGCGCCUCUCCACUUCAACUCGUCUCGACUCACCACGUUCUUGGACUACCCUCAGAUCGGCACAGAUGCCUAUGGAUUUUACGUGUCGGUAAACCAAUAUUCGGAGUCAUUGGAGCAAGUAUAUGGGGCGGGCAUAUAUGCAAUCGCCAAGUCCCAGCUCCAAGCACCCGAGAAUGCCACCAUUCUCCGCUUCGUCGUGCCUUACACUGCGAGCGUUCUCAGUCCAUCCUACACCAUCUACCCUCAGAAGGUCGCUGCCGAUGGGGACUACGACUACCGCCACGGCGGCACCAUGUAUUUCGGAUGGACGGGAGUUAACCCCAACCGUGGUGCUCCAAACGAAACCGUGCUUAUCACCAACUUCACCACAGUGGGAGCCUUUGCUAUAACGGGUACAAGCGCUCUGGGAACCCCUGAAGCCGAGCGCUUGGUCGAACCCCACUGUGCGGCCGUCAACACUCCGCCGUUCUUCAUUCCCCGGCCUGUGGAGCAGAAGCCCGGGCCUGUUCCUACAGCUUGGCAGAUGAACAGUACGAUCAAGCCCAUCGGCCCUUCAGAGAUCGAUGCGAGAGGCGUGGUGGUGAAUCCGGAGAGCAGGCGCAUGUGGGUCAGCUUUAUGUCGGCGUUUGGCAAGGACAUGAGUGCUGCUGCCGUGGUGGUGAGGCUUCGCCUGUCCCUCCGGCCUCAGCGCAAGUGGCGCACGCUUCGGGUGUUUUUGGAGCGGUUCAAAGUGGUGGGGGUGGGCGGAGGGAACAGCCUCAUUCAGGGCACCAUCGCCCUCAACAGGCACGGCGUGGGCAUCAUAGCAGCAUCGCUGGCAGGGCGUUCCUUCUACCCCUCAGCUGCCUAUGCCACUCUCAACGCCAAUGUGGAUGUCGGCCGCGUCGUCAUUGCCGGCCCGGGGAAAGCGCCUCUCGACGACUAUACGGGGUACCGCGUUGGUGCAACGGAGAUGCGAUAUGGUGACUACAUGACGGCAACGGUGGACGAGGAGGGCAACGCGUGGGCGGCAGUGCAGUAUGUGGCGGGGCAGCCGCGCACCGAGUGGAGCAACUGGGCUGCCUUCGUCUUCAAAGAGGCUGGUGGGAGGAGAAGGGGGGCAGGGGUGAACGAGGAGGGCAACGCAUGGGCAUCAGUGGCGGGGCACCCCAGGACUGAGAGGAGCAACUGGGGCACCUGCGUCUCCUUGCACGAGGGGGGGGACAAGGAACAAGGGGAAUGGGCUUAA